AUGAGUAUAGAGGAGGGGGGUCUGGCAGGCCUGGGCCGUCCCAGGCAAGCCCGCUGGAUCUUGAUGCUGCUCCUGUCCACUACUAUGUAUGGUGCCCAUGCUCCAUUGCUGGCACUGUGCCAUGUGGACGGCCAAGUGCCCUUUCGGCCCUCCUCAGCUGUCCUCCUGACUGAGCUGAUCAAGUUGCUGUUGUGCGCCUUCUCCCUCCUGGUAGGUUGGCAGACAUGGCCCCAGGGGACACCACCCUGGCGCCAGGCUGCCCCCUUUGCCCUGUCAGCCCUGCUUUAUGGCGCUAACAACAACCUAGUGAUUUACCUUCAACGUUACAUGGACCCUAGCACCUACCAGGUACUGAGCAAUCUCAAGAUUGGAAGCACAGCUCUCUUCUACUGCCUCUGCCUCCAACACCGCCUCUCCGCGCGACAGGGACUAGCAGUGCUGCUGCUAAUGGCAGCAGGGGCCUGCUACGCAGCUGGUGGCCUCCAAGACCCCCGGAUCACCUAUCCUGGGCCCCCUGCAGUAGCUGCUGCUGCCCCUAUGCCCCUGCACAUCACCCCACUGGGACUGUUGCUCCUCAUCCUUUAUUGCCUCAUCUCAGGCUUGUCAUCUGUGUACACAGAGAUGCUCAUGAAACGCCAACGGCUACCCCUGGCACUUCAGAACCUCUUCCUCUAUACUUUCGGUGUGCUCCUGAAUCUAGGUCUGCAUGCAGGCAGUGGCCCUGGCCCUGGCCUCCUGGAGGGUUUCUCAGGCUGGGCAGCACUCGUGGUGCUGAGCCAGGCACUCAAUGGACUGCUCAUGUCAGCUGUCAUGAAGCAUGGCAGCAGCAUCACGCGCCUCUUUGUUGUGUCCUGCUCACUGGUGGUCAACGCUGUGCUCUCAGCAGCCCUGCUGCAACUGCAGCUCACAGCCGCCUUCUUCCUGGCCACACUGCUCAUUGGCCUGGCUGUGCGUCUCUACUAUGGCCGUUAG